AUGGAGGAGAAUGCCGUAAUACUGAAUAAAAGGAACUUCGGUGGUCGAAGAAAGAUUCAAAUCAAGAAAAUUGAGAAGAAGAAGAACUUGCUAGUCUCGUUUUCUAAACGUCGUGCAGGCUUGUUCAAGAAAGCUGAGGAAUACGGCAAAAAGUCUGGGGCUCAAGUUGCUAUCCUUGUCUGUUGGGGUGGUAGAUUCUUUACCUUUGGUGGUCCUGACUCUGCUUCGGUAGACUCCAUUCUUGACCAGUAUCUUGCUGGCAUGAUGCCUUCAUCUUCAAGUUCUUCUUCUUCUAAGAAUGGUACUGUUGUUGAUGAUCAGGGAAAGAGUAAGCCUGUGGAGAUUGAAGAAAAUACUAUGGAAGAAGAGGUUAUAGAGCGGGGAUUGAUGGAAACUAACCAGGUCAGUGAUGGAAAAGAAUCUUUGUUGAAACAGCCGUUGGAUAAUGAUGAUCUUCAAUGGGUUGACGAACUCAAAAACUAUAUGGUCACCAUGAAAGGCCUGGAGGGUGAGGAAUUGUCUCAAGAAGAUGAUGGAACGAUAAGGGCUGCUAAUGAUAAUAUUAAUAGUGAUCCUGAUUCAUCAAUGAAUGAUGAUCAGAGGAUCGGGGGUGCUGAUAUUGCCGUCAAUGAUGUGAAUCCUGUUUAUAUUAGUGGGCUUCCAAUGAAUAAUGAUUUGUUUCAAGAAUGUAAUGAGAUGACCAGGGCUGCUGCAGAUGCUGCUUCAUCAAGAUUGUUGAUUCCAAAAGUUAAUCUUGAUUAUUUCAGUGUGAUUCUCAACGUUAAUCUUGAUUAUUUUGGUGGGCUUCCAAUGAAUAAUGAUUUCUUGCAAGAUGAUGAGAUGAACAGGGUUGCUGAUACUGUUAAUGGCGAUGUUGAUUCAUCAAGUUCAUUGAUUCCUAGUGUUAAUCUUGAUUGUUUUGGUGGGCUUCCAAUUGAUUUUGAUUUUGAGUCCUCAGUACAAUGA